AGUCAUAACCCCAGUAGUUCCUCCAGCACUCCAACCAAUUACAAUUACAAUUACACACACCACACACGCAGAGAGAGAGAGAGAGAGAGAGAGAGAGAGAGAAGGGAUACUUUAUGCACGUACGGAAGUAUUGGGAAGAAAAGGAAAAACCCAGAGAAAUGGAGAACAACAACAAAUAGGGUUUCAAUUACCUUUGCUUCAAGUGUACAGAUCAAUAAGCUGUUUGGUUUGGACUCUCCAACGCGUUGAAAACUCAGGGCAAUGUUGGAGUACGAAUGGGGAAACCCGUCAGCAGUCAUGCUCGCCGGCGACGAACCCGGACCAGAUUCCGACCACUCCCGCCAGAACUUCGAUCACUACGCCCAAGCCUUCAACGACACCCUCGUCAACUCCACCGCCUCCUUCCCCCAAACCCACCACCACUUUCAUCAACCCCAGGCCCAUUCAACCAACUACCACCAAGCCCAACUCCAAGCCCAAGCCCACAACCAGGCCCAUUUCCACUCCCUCUACGACCCCCGCACCUCCUUCGGCGCGUCCUAUCCACCUCCCUCCCCGGCCAUGCUGUCUCUCGACCCGACCGGCGGGGCGGGCCCGUCAGGGUUUUUCACGGUCCCGAAGAACGAGCCGGGCUGCGGUGUCGUGGAGUUCGGGUCGAGGAUCGGGUUGAAUUUGGGCGGGCGGACUUAUUUUUCGUCGGCGGAGGACGAUUUCGUGAACCGGCUGUACCGCCGGUCCAGGCCGGGGGAGCCCGGGUCGAUUAACUCGCCGAGGUGCCAGGCGGAGGGGUGUAACGCUGAUCUGACCCACGCCAAGCACUACCACCGGCGCCACAAGGUGUGCGAGUUCCACUCCAAGGCCGCCACCGUCGUCGCCAACGGGUUGACUCAGCGUUUCUGCCAACAGUGCAGCAGGUUCCAUGUUCUUUCGGAGUUUGACAAUGGGAAAAGAAGCUGCCGGAAAAGGUUGGCAGAUCACAAUCGCCGGAGGCGGAAGUCUCAUCAUCAGCCAAACCAUCAGGAAACCAAAUCCCCCCUCGAAAAUGCUCGUUCUUCACCGCCUGAUAACCUAAUUCCAAGGUCUCCAGCAGACUCCGGAGCUCACUCAUCUUCCUCGGUCACGGUGGCAAUCUCACCGCCGCGAAUUUCCCUGGAUUUUUUGCGGCAAAGAUCAUAUCAGGCCGCCACGUCUUCAUCUCCGUCGACAAGCUCACUGUUCUUCUCAAAUGGGUGACUUUUUUUCCAGCAAUUCAAAAACCAGCCCGAUCGAAUCAGGACACAAAGGUUGACUAGCUAGCAUGACUUAUUAGUGAAGAAGAAUUAAGGAAUAGUUGUUAUUUAUUAACCCGAUCUAGCAGUCUAAUCUCUUUGCAUUUGAAUUAUCAAAAGUGGCUGUACUUGUGGACACAUUAAAUUCCCGUAAAUUCAAGUCCCUCCGCUCGCACUUUCAUUCUCAUUCA